AUGAACUUAAUCAUAGCCAUCGCCGCCAUUGCCCUUACACUUUCAACAAUCCUCGCUAUCGUAUCUUUUUGACUUCCUCAAAUAAGCCCCGACUAUGAGAAACUCUCGCCCUAUGAAUGUGGUUUUGACCCCGUCGGCUCAGCUCGGUUACCCUUUUCAAUACGAUUCUUUUUAAUCGCUAUUCUAUUUCUACUCUUCGAUCUGGAGAUCGCAUUACUCCUACCUCUCCCCUGAGGAGUCCAACUUUAUUCGCCCUUAACAACCCUUAUCUGAGCCUCCUCCGUUUUGUUUCUGCUAACACUAGGCCUUGUUUACGAAUGAGUCCAAGGAGGUCUAGAGUGAGCAGAGU